AUGGCCGCUGCUGCUGCUACCGCCGCCACCGAGGCCGGCCUGCAAUACACCCCCAUCGAUGACAUCCCCAGCAUUGUCUCGGAUCUGCGUGCUGCCUUCCUCACCGGAAAGACGCGUUCGGUCGAAUACCGAAAGAACCAGCUCAAGCAGCUCGCCUACAUGAUCAAGGACAACCAAGAGGCCUUUGUCGAGUCGCUUCGAAAAGAUCUCGGGCGUUCCCGAUUCGAGAGCAUCUUUGCAGAACUCAUGGGUACCACAAACGAAAUCGUAGAGGCCGUCACAAAGAUCGACAAGUGGGCAAAGCCUGCCAAGCCCUGGGCCGGUGCUGCUUGGGCUAUGCACGGCGCCACCAUCCGUUCCGAGCCCAAAGGUACCGUCCUCGUCCUCGGCGCAUGGAACUAUCCGAUCACCGUACAGAUUGGUCCCGUGAUCGGUGCCAUCGCUGCCGGUAACACCGUCAUCCUCAAGCCUUCCGAGGUCGCCAGCCACACUGCCAAGCUCAUCGCCGAGCUCUGGAACAAGUACCUCGACCCUGAGUGCUUCCGCGUCGUCAACGGCGGUAUCCCAGAGACUACCGCUCUCCUCGACCAGCGCUUCGAGCACAUUUUUUACACCGGUAACGGCACCGUCGGUCGCAUCAUUGCCGAAAAGGCUGCAAAAUGGCUCUGUCCCACCACGCUCGAGCUCGGCGGCAAGUCGCCCGUCUACGUCGACAAGAGCGCCGACCUCUCGAUCGCCGCUCACAGAAUCCUCUGGGGCAAGUCGUUCAACUGCGGUCAGACCUGCAUCGCCCCCGACUACGUGCUCAUCCAGCCCGACCUGCAGGACAAGUUUGUACAGGAGCUCAAGAAGGCCUACCAGCGCUUCUACCCUGAGCUCCAGGGGGGUGUCAACAACUCGGAGAGCUACGCCCGCAUCAUCAACCCCGGUCACUGGAAGCGCCUCAACGCCAUGCUUUCCGGUACCAAGGGCAAGGUGGUGCUCGGCGGUGAAGGCGAGGAAGCCACCAAGUUCCUCCCUCCCACCGUGAUUGCCGACGUCAAGCCAGACGAUGCCAUCAUGUCCGGUGAGAUCUUUGGUCCUCUGCUUCCCAUCGUUCCUGUCCGCGACGUCGAGGCUGCUGUCGACUUGAUCAACUCGCGCGACCAGCCUCUAGCUCUGUAUCUCUUUGCCGGCGACAACAGGGUCAAAAAUUUCUUCUUUGACAACACGCGCUCCGGUGCUUGCGUCCAGGGUGACACGCUUCUCCACUUUGCUGUCGACGUCCUUCCCUUUGGUGGCACCGGUCCCUCGGGUUACGGCAACUACCACGGCAAGGCUUCGUUCGACCAGUUCAGCCACCAGCGUGCCAGUUUGGAUGCUCCCUCGACUGGUCUGCUCGGCAAGCUGGUCGAGCUCAUCAUGUCUUCGCGCUACCCUCCUUACACUGAGGCCAACCUCAAGAAGCUGAGGGCGCUCGCUGCCUACUCGGUCUCGUUCAAGCGUCCGUCGAACCCGCACAAAAGCAUCGCCUCUUCAUCCUCCCUAUUCCCCAUGGUACAUUACAACAUGCUCCCCACCCAGUGA